AUGUCCACAAUUACAGAAUGUACCGCCAAAGCCGUCACACAUCGCAUCGCCAACAUCAAAAACAAAGCGAAAUUGCUCGAGGCUGAUGGAACUGCAGCGGCCACUACUGCAGCAGCUGCUGCUCCGGCUCCGGCUACGAGACGACGCAAACGCGCGCCAAAUGCCAAGGCGAAAUCGGAGGAGCAAGUCCACGACUCGGAGGACGGAGACAAACCAGCGGUGAAGAAGAGAAGGACUGCAAAGAGUGCAAAGGCUGCAGCUGGUGCUGCGGGUACGAAGAAAAAAACCCAGCAACCAGUCGCCGCGCCCGUCAAGAAGGAGGAGGAAAUUUCUACCAGCGACGACGACACUACUGCAAAGGAAGAAGACUCUGCUUGA